CUGGAAGUGUGGCGUAGAAGGUGGGAGUACUGAAAGUGGAGACGGAGAAAUACGGACGGCGAAGACGACAGUACGGACAGAGGAGACGAGAAAUGGAGCCCAGACAGCUCCAAGAGGAGGUUAUCCAGAUGAAAGAAGAGAUGGCACUUCUGAAGGAGGAACUGACACGUCGUAAUCAAGAGGGCAUUGCCCGUUUGGAUGGGGAACUGACCACUCUGAAGAAAAACUGCGACCACCUGAGUGAACAAGUGGUCGGACUGGAGGGAGAAGUGGCCACACUGAAGGGAAACAACGCCACACUGAAGGGAGACAACGCCACACUGAAGGGAGACAACACUACACUGCGUCAGGAGGUGGUCCAUCUACGUGGAGAGGUGGUCCGCCUGCGGCAGGCUGUCCUCGAGGAGCGCACCACUCGCCAGGUCGUCGUGGAGGAGCUGCGGCAGGAGGUCCGCCGGCGAGCGGCGCUAUCCGGCUGUCCCCAGGGUGACGGCGAUGAGGUGGCUUCAAUGAAGGUUGACACUUGCGACAAGACAAGUGACACCAUCCGCACAUGUGACGUCAUCACCCAAGCUGAGGAGGAGGCGGGACUGGCGGGCGGCGACGUGCCAGAGGCUGCACCGCAAUGGCCUUCUGCCAUUUAUCUCCUGGAUACCGAGUUGUUGAAGAUGGUGCUGAGCAAGAUGGACUGCUGGGAAAUGUUCCGCGCCAGACGGGUCUGCCGUCGGUGGCGGUCCGCCGUCGACGAUAUCGUCGGCGACUGUCGGCGGGAGCUAACCGAUCAACAAACUCGAGGUGGAGAAGUCCCUGCGCCGACUACGGGCCUAGAGCUCGUAGUGAAGACACAGGACCAGCCGAAGAUGACUGAACUGCGGGCGCCGACGGCUGAGACAGACACCGACCUUCGACUGGUCGCGGCCACCUGCCACGCCCUGGAGAAGGCUAACCUGCGCGGCUUCAAGCUGCGAGUCUCUGCCCUGCGCCGGCUGGCGCGUGCCAACGCCUCCAGUCUGCGUGAGCUGACGUUGCCGGCUGGCAUCAGCGACUGGCAGCUGGAGGCGCUGCUGGAGCCGCUGAAGGCUCUGGAGCGGCUCGAUGUGAGCCCACCCGUGGACAGCUCCGGCAAGUGGCUGCGGCUGCUGCCCAAGUCGCUGAGGAGACUGGACAUCACUGGAUCCGGGAUGACUAGAACCCCAAUGAAGCACCCCCGAUGGCCGACGUCUGGACUGGAUGUCGGUAUCAAACGAGGCACGGACACACUCCUGGACCAGCUGGCUGUCCUGGCGACCCGCACAGUCACAGGGCUGUUCAUUGGUGAGUCACCGUCCGUGACACCGGAAGCGACGGGACGCCUCCUGGCUGCCCUCACCAGCUUGACGGGCGUCACUCUUAUCGGAUCCGGCGUCAUUUCCGACACUGUGCUAGUCGCCCUCCGCAGCUGCUCCCAGCUGGAUACGGUGCAGCUCAGUGACACCCGGCCCCUCGCGGACAUCCCUGCCCUGGCCCAGUCAGAGGUGGCAGCGGUCAGCAGGAUGGCAGUGACCUGCAGGAAACUGAAGACACUGUACAUCGAAUCCUCAACUGAAAACUGCCAGGCUGUCCUGACCGCCCUGCACGAGACAGACCUGGGAUGUGACAGUGGCCAGUCCCGUACCAUCGAUUUCAAUGUCCCCAAGUCUAUAGAAGACGAGAUUGAAGAGCCCUCAGACAGUAGCAUCUGCGUGGAGUACUACGACGACAUCGACUAGUUUCCCAGUGCCAAGGCCCUAGGCAUGUGAAUACCCACUACCCAGUGCCUCGUCUACUCCGUUGCCGAUGGCAGUGUCGGAACUCGACAACAGAUGGCAGCACCGUGUCUAGUCCGUAGUGUCGGAACUGGACAACAGGUGGCAGUACCGUGUCACGUCGGCAGCGCUGUGCUGAACAAAAUAGACAUCUAGUAGACCUUCAUAUCCAGAAGUGCUUUGAGUCGCCCUGUACCAUCGGGCCAGGUCCGUGGGUACUUUACCGCCGUGCUAGGGUGGUUUGGGUUGAGUGGCCACCUAAAUGCUUGAUCAUUUGAGCACAGAUUGCUACGUUUGUUGACACUGCUUUGAUAGACAGUAGGUAUAUUCAGUAUCCGAGAUGUAUCACGCUCUGGGCCAGUGUCCAGCCAUCGGUGAACCGUUGUCACCGUGCCGGCGGUACCGCCGUGGUGACGUCACGUGUGUUGUGACGUGACGUCACGCUGGCUCACACCGCUGUGCUGUUGUGUUGUAGUUUCAGUUUAGACCAGAGAGUGGUUGGAGCUAUCUGUGAGGGUGUCCGGUCCGGGCGAUAUCGGACCUCGCCCGUCACUGUGUCGGACUGUCGGUGGUCCGGUCGGCUGUGGUUCGUUUGGACCGGAUAUGUCUGGUUCGGUGUCGUUCAUGGGAUAUCACGGGCUGAUGGCGAUUGAAAUACACAGUGGUUCAGACGUUCAAUACACAACUGUUACUGGA